AUGGCUUUCCAGACAACUACAGACGGUGGAAUGACCACCAUGAGUCCACACAAUGUCACCGUAGUCUCGGUCGUCAAGGCCUGCCUCUUAGCCGUGACGACCACCCUUAUUCUCCUCGGCAACUCUCUGUGCUUGAUCGUUCUACGCUACACACGCGACGGAGUCAGCCCCGUCACCAAACUGUUUCUGAUCUCGCUGACCAUCAGUGAUCUGUUGGUUGGUGUGCUCGUCGGUGUGCCUGUGGUGGGUUCCACGGCCCUGCAGAGUUGGCCGUACGGGGACGCCUACUGUACCGUUAUGGCCAUGUGCCACGUCUUGUACUUCAACGCUGGCAUGUCCGUGUUGGCCAUCAACAUCGAGCGAUACAUCGCGGUGAUUUGGCCUUUGAAAUACCCAUUGAUUGUUACCAUGGCAAGGGCAGCCAUUGUGGAGGUCUUCAUCAUCUUCAUCUUGCUCUUGUGGUUACUUCUCUACGUACUUAUGCCCGACCGCAUGUCAUUCUACUACAACAAUUUCAGCCAGUGUUUCAUCGACUCCCUGAAUGGAACCGAUUACCUGGGUCACAUUGCGAUGACUCUCUUCAUCGCGCUACCUCUUUUGAUUACGAUCGUCCUGCACGUCAGGUUAUUCGUACUGGCUACUCACCACGCCUCCAAAGUCGGCAACAUAACCUUGGGAAGUUUCAAGUUGCGGGACUCUGAGUCCUCAGCGGGGCAGUCCGAUCAACCUCAUCCGGACCAAAACGCUCAACCGGCGGCUGCGCGUCCACGCACCCGCCGGAGCCCCGAAGCCAAAGCAGCUCGGACAUUCUUCAUCAUGGCCGUGGUGCUCACCAUCUCCUGGACGCCGUACUACGCCACCAUCACCUGGGAGAACCUUCGCUCGGACCCGGUACCCGAGGCCCUGGCCUUCACGUCACAGCUCCUCCUCCUCUUGAACAGUAUCUGGAAUGUCAUCAUCUACUAUACACGAAAUGACGCUUUCCGGAAAACGGCCAAUAGACUAUUAGGCUGCUGUUUCCGAGUUCAUUCCUGGAAUGACCAAGAACUGAUGACUUGA